AUGGGCAGCGCCGGUCUGGCCGUCACCCUGGUGACUGCAGAGGAGCUGCGUCGCGAUCCUCACUUGCAACAGGUAGCCAGAGGUGUCUGCACGCUGAUCAGUCAGGGCGACUCCCCGGACUCUCUUCCGUCUGAAUUAAUCAAAGCCGUGAAGUGGCGCAAGGGUCAAGAUGUGGAAGAUGCACCAACCUCUUUCAGGCGACAGGUCCCCUGCCCGCCCUCGCGACUGAAUUCGUUUAGACAUAAACGGUCCUAUGGCCAGGGGACUUAG